AUGUUUAUUAGCCAGUUUCUUCCCACAAAAGAAUUUUCUCUUCUCUCCAUCCUCGAUUUCUCGACAAAAUUCCAAUUUUCCCAAAGACAACCUCCUGGCAUUCCAUCCGGCGCUGGCGUGACAGACUCUGCCUUGACGAAUCAUGGUAUACUUCAGAUCGAACGGCUUGCUCGCCAUUUUCGGACUCGGGGUGUCGGGUUCACUCAAAUCUUUGCAUCUCCACUUCAGCGUGCUCGUCUGACCGCUGAAGGGUUAUGUGCAGAGGCGAGCAGGUCAGAACUCCGUCCCGUCUUCUCACCGCUUUUGAUAGAAAAGGAUUUUGGAUCUCUGGAAGGUAAAUCUUGGCGAUCGGCUGCGGCCCUUUCAACAGUUCCUAGCGUCGAGUGCCGGGAACCAGAGUCAGCAGCAUCUAUGAUCGCAAGAGUGAACCAUUUCUUAAAUGACUUCAUAUUUCCUAAUCUCCACUCUGACAAAGAGGCUGACGAGGUCAUCGCUAUUGUUUCUCACGGGAUUGUCCUGUCAGUUCUAUGGCAAACCUUGACCAAGCUUUGUCGCGACAGUCACCUUGUUGUUGGAGGAACAGUUUGUGCUGAGACUCGGCGUCCCGGUUGGUCUAAUACAGGCUACAUGGAGUUUGAUAUGACAAAGGCCCCAACCCUUGUUGCUGAUUCUGUAUACCUCGAGACUACGUCCCUGAGAAGGCUUGAAACAGAUGCACAUCUGACCAGUGACGCCCAUGCGGCUGAUCAUCCUUCAGGUAUUGCGUUGAAGAUAACAGUUCAUGCUAUCAACAGCCGAGGACAUCUCCAUACGUUAAAGCGCACUGGAAGCGGGAUUGGAAGCGCAAAACAUGAUCCCAAACAGAAACGUAUCAGCAGCUACUUUUCCAACCCCAGCGUUGGUUAG